AUGAAUCCAGUCGGCCGCGUGGUCGACAGGAUCUGCUGCACGGGAUCUUCGAGGACCUCGAGACCUCUGGACUCCGUGAGCACCAGGACGGAGCUCACUUUAGAUUUGGACGGCCAGCGAACAGACCGAACGGACACGGUCUGGCAGCAGGCACAACAAGCGACGGACGGACGGACGGAAAGUGAACGAGCGGCGGUGGACGCUGACGACAACCUCGGUGGACGGAUGCAGCGACGAAUUACUCCACGCAACUCGACCCUCGAUGCGAUUGUCACCCGCGGCAUUCGACGCAGCCCUCGACUCACGAAGACACCGGAGGACGCUCAGAUGACAAGGGCGAAGGUUGUGGAGGUCGUCGUGCAGACCCCGAAACGAGCGACGAGGAAUCAGCCGACGGAUCAGAAUCAGGCGACGACGGCUCCCGCAGCUAACCCGAGCGACGAACGAGGCAGCGACGCGCAAGACGCGCCACCCGACGCAGCUGCCAGCGGCAACAUGCUGGACCAGCUGAGCACCCCGGUGGCCAACCUCGCGCCGUCCCCUGCACCUACGGGUACCGACACGCACGUGAUUACGGCGGAGCAGUCGCAGCAACUGGUGACCCCGACGAAUCCAACGGCUCAGCAGGCCACGCCGCUGACCACGCGGCAGGCACCACCGCCGGCAGCACCACGGAUUGCUCCGUUAGCAACAACGGAUCGGCAGGUGGCGUACCAGUCACGUGAUGGUGAUGACGACGAAGACGACAGUGACAACGACGACGACGACGACGACGACGACGACGACGACGGAUCGUCGAGCAGCUCUGACGGAAAUGACGACUCUGACGACGGCCGCGAAGGUGGAAGAUGCCGCCUACGGCGCCAACCCGUCACGAGGCCAGGCGAUCGAGACUUCCAUCGGAACCGACGCCGUGUCAUCCGCGAUCUGGACCUGCCAACGUUCCUACCGACGCCACAGACAUCUGUUACGACCUGGAUCGCGUGUGUGGAUCUAGCGCUUGAAGGCGCACGGCAGUCAGGACGAGGCGAAUGGACUGACCAAGAAUUGUAUUACAUCAUAGGCAACAAGCUACAAUACAGCGAUGCCCGCUGGUGGGUCCAGCUGGACCGUAAGCUCCGCGACCGUGAGACGUAUGCGGAUUUCGCCGCUGCCCUUCGUGACCUGUGUGGCAACAACCGUAUCCGAGAACGUAUGCUGCUCGCACAGUUCUACCCCAGCCUAGACCACACGACGAGAGUCCUUAUGAAGCAGCGCCCGAAGCCAACGACGCUGGAAGAAGCGGUGGACAAGGCAACGGAAAUCAACGAUCCAAUUGACAACGUGGCGCAAGGCAUGGAACACAUCGGUCAGGCGUUCGUUAUCGCACCUGAUACGUACGUCGUGCGCGCGUGUGGGACGACUGGACAGAUGGCGCUGAUUCUGGGCGUUGGCACCACGGACGUGGCGGAGGAAGAGAAGUUGGCGUGUUUCACGAACUCAUGCGGCGAGUACAACAAGUACCAUGGCCUGUGGGAGGCGCCGAAGGGACGCGUCUUGAACGGGCACAUGUGGGCGCCCGUACCACGAAAAUGUACGGCACCAGCAGCUGCCCCAACGACCGCCAAGCGCAUGGCGACGACAAAGAUGGCUCAGAAGGCGAAGGUGAAUAUGGUGGUGACGGCUGGCCCUGACUACUACGACGAGAGCGAUGACGGUAAGGAAGCAGAUGCUCCACGAGCACCGCCGCCUCUCAAGAAGACGGUCGAGGCGACUCCGACACCAGGACGGUUCAGCGAACUCAAGUGCUAUGCCUGCAAUCAACUGGGGCACUUCGCCCGCGAGUGUCCAGAUGCCGAAGUUCGCGCCCGUAACGACGAGUAUCUCGCUCGACGCGAACAGGAAAGGAAGCGACAGGAAAACGAGGAUCGGGUGACGUAG